GUCUCUGAGCUGCGCAGAGGUGAAGAUAAAUACCUAGGGAUAAUGUUCACUGAAGGACUUGAUAAGAAUGCCCUUCGUUGGGUUAGAGAGAAGGAAGUUACAUUAUCAAAUUCAAAUAUGAGACCCAGGAUUGACCCUAUUGCUGGCAUUCGAAAUGUUGGUGGCCGGGGAUUUGGAUUGCCCCCUCCAUCUAAAUUUAGAAGUGGACAUUUACCUAUGAAUGCCAUUCCAGUAUCGAGAACGAUACCUGGUGAUGUAGAUGAUAGUGGGUCUAAUUCUGAGAAAGAUAUGAGUACUGAAUCUGAUGAGGAGGUGUAUGGGGGUAGGUACUCGUUGGAAUCGUCUCCACAAGACGAGAGGGUACCUAAUGCGACUGCUCAUAGGUAUGGAAACCCGGUGCAGAGGCAGGCGCGUUAUGGUAGUGAUUACAUGUAUUCUGAUGUUAGUUCUUCGAUGGAAACGGUGGUAGGAAGACGUGGGAAUUUGGCGGAGAGGUUGGUGAGGGGAAAUGGGAGGUACCCUGUUGGGCGGAAUGGUUAUACAGAGGAUGAGUCAUCAGAUUCUGCUGCUAGCUCGGAGUUUUCUUCUACACAAGUGGGAAGCAUCAAUGGGGCUGUGCCUCGGGGUAGAGCUUAUGUUUCUGGGGGAUAUGCUUCUAGUGUGCCAUCGCAGAAUGUGGAAAGUGCUGCUGAAAAGGAUUCACAUUUGAGAAACUUGCGGACCGAUAAGUUCUCCGAUGAUGAUGAUGAUGAUGAUGAUAUUCCCAGUGCACCUCCUAUUGAUGGUUCCACUCAUGAAAUUAAGCAAGCUGCUGAUAGAAGUCCAGUAUCUAGAGUACAUAGUACACCAUACGUACCGGGUUCGAGUAAAAUCUCAAACAAAAAUGAUUGGAAUACAUCAGAAACCACAUUUACUGUUAAGCCAGAGAAUGAUACUGUAAAUAGGAAUGCUGACCAGUUUGUAAGAACUACAGCUGGUUCCGAAGCAGGUGCAUCUUCAGGUUCAUAUCUAGCCCGCCUCCCAACAUUUCAUGCAAGUGCUCUAGGGCCAUGGCAUGGUGUGAUUGCAUAUGAUGCAUGCGUGCGACUUUGCCUACAUGCAUGGGCAAUGGAGUGCAUGGAAGCCCCCAUGUUCUUGGACAAUGAAUGUGCUCUAUUACGGGAUGCUUUCGGAUUACGGCAAGUACUAUUACAAUCAGAAGAUGAAUUAAUGAAGAAGCAAACUUCGGAGCUUACCAGUGAGGGGGUUGCUCCAAAGCCUAAGAAAAAUAUUGGCAAGAUGAGGGUGCAAGUGCGUAAAGUGAAGAUGUCCCUUGACCCACCUACUGGCUGUAGUAUCACAUCCUUUAGGGCACCAGUAAUUAAGUUGGAAACCAUUCAAUAUCACCUCUCUAAUUUGCAGUCAACACUUGCUUCUGGAUGGCAAGCUUUAAGAAAAAUUCGUGUUGCACCACGUCUACCUGCAAAUCGGUCUUUUUCACGUCAGAGCUUGGCAUAUGUGCAUGCCAGUACAAAGUAUAUAAAACAGGUGUCUGGACUCCUCAAAAAUGGUGUAACAACUCUACGCAGCAGCUCAACAUCAUAUGAAGCGGUGCAAGGGUUCCCCCCCAUGCAAAUGUUAUCAGAAACGUACUCUUGUCUGUUAAGGCUGAAAAGUUCACCUGAAGAAGAUUCCAUCCGAACGCAACCUGGAGCUGGUGAUAUGCAUAUCUUCUUUCCAGAUAGUAUAGGAGAUGAUCUGCUAGUUGAAGUCCAGGAUUCCAAGGGGAAGCAUUUUGGCCGUGUCCUUGUUCAAGUGGCUACUAUUGCUGAUGACCCGGCUGACAAGCUACGCUGGUGGUCUGUUUAUCGCGAGCCAGAGCAUGAGCUUGUGGGCAAGAUACAGCUGUAUAUAAACUAUUCAACUGUUUCAGAUGAUAAUAGUCAUCCCAAGUGUGGCUCUGUCGCAGAAACAGUUGCAUAUGAUCUAGUUUUGGAGGUUGCUAUGAAGGUUCAGCAUUUUCAACAAAGAAACCUAUUGUUGCAUGGCCCAUGGAAGUGGCUCUUAACAGAGUUUGCCUCAUAUUAUGGGGUUUCUGAAGUAUACACCAAACUGAGAUACCUUUCUUAUGUCAUGGAUGUAGCUACACCAACAGCUGACUGCCUCAACUUGGUGUAUGAAUUGUUAAUGCCCGUUCUUAUGAAAGGCCACAUCAAGAACAUAUUGAGUCAUCAAGAGAAUCGAAUUUUAGGAGAAACUAAGGAUCAAAUUGAACAGAUAUUCUCCUUAGUUUUUGAGAAUUACAAGUCACUUGAUGAAUCAUUGCCCUCGGGUAUUAUGGAGGUUUUCAAGCCUGCAACUGGGCUAGCAGCACCUGCGCUGGAACCUGCUGUUAAAUUAUAUACACUUCUUCAUGACAUCUUGUCUCCUGAGGCUCAGACUGCUUUAUGCCAUUAUUUUCAGGUUGCUUCAAAGAAGAGAUCAAGAAGACAUUUGGCUGAGACAGAUGAAUACGUUACCGGCAAUAAUGAAGGCAUUUUAAUGGAUAAUGUUACUAUGUCUACUGCUUACAAGAAGAUGAUAUCACUGUGCAUGAACAUUAGGAAUGAAAUUUUUACUGAUAUUGAGAUCCAUAAUCAACACAUUCUUCCCAGUUUUUUAGACCUCCCAAAUCUGUCUGCAUGCAUCUAUAGCACAGAGCUUUGCAACAGAUUGCGUGCUUUCCUCAUUGCUUGCCCCCCCACAGGCCCUUCACCUCCUGUAGCAGACCUUGUUAUUGCUACAGCAGAUUUUCAGAGGGAUCUUGCCGCCUGGAAAAUCAGUCCUGUUAAAGGUGGAGUUGAUGCAAAAGAAUUGUUCCACUUGUAUAUUAUGGUAUGGAUACAAGAUAAGCGUCUCUCUUUGCUCGAGUCCUGCAAAUUAGACAAGGUAAAAUGGUCAGGAGUUAGGACACCACAUUCUACUACUCCUUUUGUUGAUGAAAUGUAUGACCGACUGAAAGAAACUUUGAGCGACUAUGAGAUCAUCAUUUGCCGAUGGCCAGAAUAUAUUUUCGGCUUGGAGAAUGCUAUUGCUGAUGUUGAGAAGGCAGUAGUGGAAGCUUUAGACAAGCAAUAUGCAGAUGUCUUGGCACCAGUGAAGGAAAAUAUGGCACCCAAGAAAUUUGGCCUAAAGUAUGUCCAGAAACUUGCCAAACGUUCUGCGUGCCCCUAUGUAGUUCCUGAUGAGCUGGGAAUUCUACUGAAUUCCAUGAAGAGGAUGCUUGAUGUCCUGCGCCCCAAGGUAGAAGUUCAGUUCAAGUCAUGGGGUUCUUGCAUCCCUGACGGAAGAAACAACGCAGUCCCUGGAGAGCGUCUCAGUGAGGUAACAGUGAUGCUGAGAGCCAAGUUCAGAAAUUAUCUGCAAGCAAUGGUGGAGAAACUUGUAGAGAAUACAAAGUUACAGAAUGCCACAAAACUGAAAAAGAUUCUUCAAGAUUCAAAGGAAACUGUGGUGGAAUCUGAUGUAAGGGGUAGAAUGCAGCCACUGAAAGAGCAGCUGACAAAUACAAUGAAUCAUCUCCAUACCAUCUUUGAGACUCAUGUUUUCAUUGCAAUCUGUCGAGGUUACUGGGAUCGGAUGGGACAGGAUGUCUUAAGUUUCUUGGAGAACAGGAAAGAGAACAGGUCAUGGUAUAAAGGUUCACGAAUUGCAGUUACUAUUCUCGAUGAUAGCUUUGCUUCACAGAUGCAGCAAUUGCUGGGAAAUGCAAUUCAAGAGAAGGACCUUGAACCACCUAGAUCCAUCAUGGAGGUCCGUUCGAUUCUGUGUAAGGAUGCUCCGAAUCACAAGGACAAUACAUUUUAUUAUUGAGCCAAUGUAAAUAGGACGGGGGGAAGGGGCAUGUCUUAUCAAAAAGCAAGGGCUCAAGUAUUUGUAUCCUGGUAGAUCUAGGUGGUACACGAUCUCAUUGGCCUGCAUACAGAAUUAUAUAUAGUCGCAUUGACUGCUGGGGUUGCUAAUUUUGUAGAGGGAGCAAGCAACUCAGCUGCUCCAGGUUCAUAAAUCACUCUCUUUAGAAAAUUCCAUUUUUUCAACCUACCUAUAUUUUCCAUAAUGAAAAUAUAAUAGAUACUGGAAAAUUGAUCCUCGCCUUUUUUCUUUGUAAUAUCCAUAUAUGGUUUUAGUGGCUUUGCCUCUGUUUUACCA